AGUCAACCCGACGUGGCAGUUGGAUUACUAAUUCUAACAGUUUAAUUUUAUUGUCUUUAGUAACACUGUUAAUGUAUAACUUUCAACUCAAAAGUUGGAUUACAAUUUUAAUUUAUCAGAACAACCAUUGUAAUGGUGUAUAUUCGGUUCUUUCAUUUCAGAUUCGCUGUAAAUAUGUCAACUACAAGGACUUAUGAAUCGAUGAAAGAAUUGCUUGAGUGUGCUAAAUUGGAUAGCUCAUUUACAUGCAACAUAUUUCAGUCGGUAAAAUUCGACUCUGCAUUAUCAUCUGAAGAGUACAAGUUGAUUGAAGUACCGAAUUCUUUAGCUGAUGAAAUAAUUAAGGAAGGGGGAAAUAAAGUUAUCACUUUGAAAGAUGAGUACAAGCCUAAUAAUAUGGGUCGUGUGUUCGCUUGCACAAAUGACAAAACUUUCUCUGUUAUAGAAGCGGAAACCUCAAAUACUCUUCUUCUAGCUUCUAAUUGGUGGCUACCUUCAACUGACUAUCCGAAGGAAAAUUCAGUAAUUGUCACAACGAUUCAAGCUAUGAAAAAUAAUUAUUUUGAACUUCAUCAGUGUGCAGCUCCCUCCUUCAGGCAGUUAAGACUUAUGUUAGCGUCAUCUCUAUAUUACGGUCCUGUUGAGGAUGAAUGUGAAUCUGAAGAUACGAUUUCACGCCCCGCUUACUUAGAUCUUGAAGCUGUUCAAGCUCGUCUACCAUGUAGCAAAUUUGAGCUUAUGCUGGCGUUCCGAAGAUUACGCAUAUGUGAAGUCGAGGGAUAUAUUCGAAUUUUGGAUCCUGAAUACUUGACACAGGUAAUCAGAGAUCUGUUCGCUCUUGCUGAUGAAAACGCUUGGGACUGGCGUGCUCAUGGUUUUCCUGUCAAUGCUUCGAUCGAGGGGUUAAAAAAUCAGCAUCAUCCAAAUGUUACCAAGCAAAUAAUGGCGUUAAUUUGUGCCCAUUUAGAAAAUCGAAAACCACCGGAUUCAAAAGAUACAUACGUCUUUCCACGGAAUUCACAAAUUUGUCAAGCUGUUGGUGAGCAUCUACUGGCGGUUAUAAAUAGCUUUGAUUUGAAUGAUUUUCUAAAUCUAUGGAAAGCAUCGGUUCCUAAUGGGUUAAAACCAAAGCUUCGACGUCAUUUAACUUGUGCUGGACGCGCAUAUUGCGAAAUAACUCCCAUACCUUCAAAUAGUUCUAGCGUCAAAAGUGAGAAUAAUGAUAUUAGUUCUCGGUUUCGGUGUAUUUCUUUGUUGCGCUCUGAAGACUUACCUGAUGAAAGCGUUGAAGCACGUCUUUCUGCAUUAUUUGAAAGGUCCCCUAUGUGGCCUGAAUCUGAACUAGGUAGCUACAUAGAAGAACUGUUACCUCCCCAAUCCUCUGGAGAAAAUUCUUCCUCUAAACCCUUUGUCCAAAGCUAUGCUUUUCAUGAUAUUGAUAAUGCUGACUACGAUUCGGAUUUCAGCUAUGAAGAUAUAUGUGCAGAGUCAAGCGAGAGUCUAUCGAGAACUGAAGAUGUACCUAAACCAUGUUCACCUGCAGUAGGAUCAUUGUUGAGUAAAUUAUGUCGAGUUAGCAACAGUUCAUUUGGACGUAUAUUAACUCAACGACAUAUCAAGUGA